ACGUCAUGCCAGUAACCCGAGGGAGUGCUAUAUCAGUGGCGUUUUUCUCCUCCAUUCCGGCUUCAGUCGGCUGCCUUCUCAAUCCCGUCCAUCAUUCAUAGGAACCCGUGGCAUACAAUUCAUAUCGACUGGAAGCGCGCGUAAAAAGCUGCAGCCGCGUGUAGAUCUAGAGUCGACAGUCGUGUAUCUGGAUAUCCGGCUGUACCGCGCGUACGUACGGCGCUCGUACAACCGCACACCAGUCAUACACAUCUUGCACUGCAGCCGCCGCACACCCGUCGCCGCUGUGCUGCGUCGGACGAGCUAUCAUAAAAAUUAUACAGCGUAUUGUCGUCUCUGCAACAGCUUCCGUUGCGACGAUAGGCGAUCUAUAGUGUGUGUGUACUGUACAGUACAUGUGAGAAGUGUGUGUGUGUCUCUUCUGUGGCCGUGUUUUGUUGAUGCGAAACGGGUGCGCUGAUUUUGUCUCGCGCUUGUGGUUGCGAUGUAAAAGUUGAAUAAUUAACAUCCGAUAAAUUAUCGCACAUUACGCCUAAUCUAUCGGCUAAACGCAAUCAAGCCACUUUCCGCCAGACUGCAUGUUGGUACGCGUUGCGCCCAUCUUCCUGGUUCCGGUGAUUCGUCUCUGCAUUGUGCGUGAUUGUGAGAAUGUGCCGUCUCCUGGCCAGGCGGCCACGAUCUGCAUUAGGAAGCAAAGUGUUAUCCGCACUGGUCCAGCGUCCCGGUAACGGCAUUUAACGCAGGGCAAUCCCCUCCGAAUCAUGGUGAUCAUGAGUGCGGAAAGCGGUAAAAGCACGUCGUCCUCGACCAAAGCACCGAUCCGUGUGGGAUUCUACGAUAUCUCCCGCACACUGGGCAAGGGAAAUUACGCUGUGGUGAAGCUUGCCAAGCACCGUAUCACGAAAACCGAAGUGGCCAUAAAAAUCAUUGAUAAAUCGCGACUGGAUGAGGCCAAUUUGCAAAAGAUCUAUCGGGAAGUGCAGAUUAUGAAACAGUUGGAUCAUCCCAACAUCAUUAAACUUUAUCAGGUUAUGGAAACCAAGAAUAUGCUUUACCUGGUCUGCGAGUACGCCAGUAAUGGAGAAAUGUUUGACUACAUCGCUAAUUAUGGCCGGAUACCGGAAGCCGCCGCUCGGCGUAUAUUUUGGCAGAUACUCUCCGCGGUCGAAUAUUGCCAUUCAAAAAGCAUUGUUCACCGAGAUUUAAAGGCGGAAAAUUUGCUGUUGGACUCCAAUAUGAAUAUCAAAUUAGCGGAUUUUGGAUUCAGUAAUUAUUUCUCUCCUGGCGAGCAGCUAGCGACGUGGUGCGGCAGCCCGCCGUAUGCAGCCCCCGAAGUCUUUCAAGGCCGAAAGUAUUCAGGACCACAGACGGAUAUCUGGAGCCUGGGUGUUGUAUUAUACGUGUUGACCACCGGCUCAUUACCGUUCGAUUCCACGACAUUACCGGCAUUACGGGAUCGUGUACUGAGUGGGCGCUUCCGGAUACCCUUCUACAUGUCCUCCGAAUGCGAGCAUCUCAUCCGGCAUAUGCUGGUGCUGGAACCCAAUAAACGCUACACGAUUGAACAAAUUAAAACCCACCCGUGGACGCAUGCCGACACCACCCUACCGGCGGCGACCAUCAGUGCCAAACCGCGCGUCACCGGUGAAGUCAGCGAGCAGAUCGUCCAGGUCAUGAAAAGCCUGGGCAUCGAGGAGAGCAAGACCCGCGAGAGCGUCUGCAAUGAGUCAUUCGAUCACAUUGCGGCUAUUUAUUAUCUCCUAAUGGAAGGCUUAACGCACCAGCGCCACUCCAUACAGCACCGCCGGCCGCAUAGUAUCGUCGACGAGACGACAUCCGGGCGGCCGUUCCUGGCGGAGACGCGUCGGCCCUUUAAUCGCACCGUGGAUUCCGCCGCCCAUCCCGCUGCUCACCAGUAUCAUCACCAUCCGCCCGCGCAAAACCAGGGCAGCAUCUCGUCGACAUGCAGCAGCUUCUCCACGGGCAGCUCCAUCGGCUCGAUGGGCUCGUUCGCCUGUAGUAACCCACACCGAACGCACUAUGUCACCUCGCUGGAUGAAGGGGUGGGGCUGGACACCGGCAGCUUGGACUACGAUCCCGGCACGGGAGCGGCGGCGGCAUACCGCGGCCAGUCAUAUGAAUCGUUCCCGGAGGAGUUCGCCAUCCCGUCGAGCAUCAGUCCGGUACCCGGCUCAUUGUUGAAUGAUCUCACUGCUCAGAUAACCGAUUCGCCGCCCGGCAGCGGGAUGGGUUCGCCCUAUGAGAGCUUUGAAUCUCAGAUUGAUCAGGAUGUCCUGGUGUCGAGUUUGUCGUCAUAUGUGCAUCCGGCCCGGAUUCAGCAUGGCCGGUCGGUCAACAGUUCCACGGAUGAAACCGAAGUGGGACGAACACCGUCGCCGGGGAAUUUCCGGGAUGGUCGGCGGGCGUCGGAGACAAAUCUGGCACCGGCUGUAGAAGGAAGCAGUCAGGGCGCCGGAACAUCGUGGGCCUUCAAGACACCUUUAAGGCAGACGGGAAAAGCACGGGGCAUGAUUGAUGUGCAUCAGCAAUACGAGGACCAAAUGUUCGGUCAGCCAGGUCAUCCUGGUACGAGCGGACAACAAAACUAUCCGCCAAGUGGUGUCCUGGAUGAAUCGGCGGCCAUGGAAAGGCUGUCGAUUAACUCCCCAAUGUCGCCAUCGCGCGCCGCCACCAUCGACGAUCAGCACCCCGUCAGCCGGGCCGACCGUCCGCCGUUGCCGAAACGGAUCAGCCUCCCGGAGCGGCUAGAAAACCAACCGCAGAAACUGCUGGUGUACAAGCAUGCUAAACAAUUGCAACAGCAAGUGGCCGCGGCGACGGUUCAUCCCGACGAUCCCUCCGCUCCGCCGCUGCAGCAUCAACAACAACUCCUGCACCGGCUGCAGACCAAACGGGCCGCCUGGAAGAAUCAGUCCUCCAUGCACCGCAGCAUGGAUUAUCCGGCAUCCAUGGGCGUACCCGGGCCUAGUCGGCGCCCGGCGGCCUUGCCGCAUAAUCGGCAGAUGUCAACGUUUAAGCACGGGAUGCUGCCGCCUCUAGUAUCGCCGCAGAUAUCCCAUGAAUUCGAUUGGUCGACGGCGGCACAAGGUACCGGGGAGGAAAUGCCGCGCACCUGUCCCGAACAGAUGUCGGUGGAUUCUCCGGAUAGCCCGGGGUAUUUCGGCCCGGGUGGGGCGGAUCACAUGGAGACGAGCUGAUCACAGGGACCAACCGUUGUCGUUGUUGAUCCAGAUUUACACGGUGCGAUUGCGCCGGUUAACGCAUAAUGCGGCACAAACGGUGCCAUUGCGUAGGAGCUGUAUCCUCGCCAUCGCUCUCUCUCUCUCUCUCAAAUUCAGCAAUACUUGAAAAUUUUUUAUGAAAUGGAUCGUGACCUGCAGGCGAGUGCCUUUGGAUGAAUCCAAGAUUUUUAUCUGAAGAAUUUAUGAAAAGAUUUUAGCGGCUCUUUUUGUUGAGGAAUUUCUUCAGGCGCACUUGGUCUGCUUCAGAAUAUUGAUUGAUGGCCUAGUCAGAUUUUGAUGGUAUUUGUAGUUUGGCAGAAUUGUUCACGACAAUUCUGAUGUGUAUUUUAAAGAUUGUACUUGUAAAAUAUAGCUUUUAUUAUUUUACGUUACUUUAGUUUUCCACUCAUCUUUGUUGUACGGGAAGCGAACAGUGGAGUUGCCCUGACUGUGAUUAAGCGAAGAGAAUUCUAUUUUUCUUCCCGGAGAUUUUUUUGUUGGAGUCGUAACUGUAUGUUCGUACAACAUUCUUCACCUCGUUGGAAGUAAAGUAUCUUUUGAUGUCAAGCGCGACUGGCGCUUAAAAACCAAAAGCUGUACAUCUGACUACAGGAGAAUAUGAAUAAUUUAUAC